AAGCAACAACUAUAAAAAAUCUGUAAUACAGAUGAUCAGUAUGAGAGGACGAAAUACCAGGACCUAUGAGAGCAGAAACAAGGGUUCCCCAACCCAGACAGUAAGUCAAAAAUGUUUUUCAGGAGGCUGCCAUGAUGAGCAGGAGUUAAUCAGGUGAAAGGGUUGGGAGAGCUUUUCUUGGCUGAGGAAGCUACAUUAUUAGCACAGCUGUGUGCUGCUACAUGGCUGAUGUUUGAGGAGAGGUAUUUAUGGCAGAGGAAUAGGCUUAUCAAAUAUUUAGGAAAUAAAUUAUGAAGGCAAAACACUGUAGAUUUUUCGAGGGAGUUUUUAGUAACAAAGUGCCAUUGUGAGACAUCAUUUUGUCAGCCCGCGUUGCCGUGAAAGGUACAUGUGUCGGAUGCCAGUAGAGCACUGAAUUUGUGGUAGGUACUGGUAGGUGAGAAGUGAUGCAGGUCUGAACUAGGGACAGGGAGGAGAUGACAGUACACACACAUCCCGGAGAGACGUGGCUUUAGGAGCCACAAGGCCUGGCCACUGACUGGACAUGAGGGAUAAGAGAGGAGGAAGACAAGGAAUGCCUCCUAGACUUCAUGCUGGAGUAAUCAGGUGGCGGUUGAUAAUAGAUUUGGGAUGUUAAGAUGACCGAGGAACACCAUGAAGAGGAGUCCUGCCAACACCGAUGCGUGUGUGGACUGAGAUUCCUAGGGACUCUAGACGGGUAGAGACGGAGACGUUACGUUAACAUGCAGUCAGCAGCUGAAGCAAUUGUGUGUGUAGAUGGGACCAGAGAGGGUGUGAGAAGACGCAAAGACAGCACAGCCAAACUCUGGGCUCACUGACUGAUCGACUGAUCAGGGAUUUGAGUCCUUGAAGGAGACAGUUGGAGAGGUGACAAGGAGGCAGCAGGAGGGGCCAUUAAACACUGAGAGAAGGCACAGUUUCCAAGGGGAUGUGACUGCAAGUGCCACGUGGUGCAGCGUGCUCAGUAAGUCACGCUCUGAGUCUUUUGGACUGAGACCACAUAGGAGCCCUCCUGGGCUACUACAGGAAAUCGCUGCAGUCAGGAAGUGGGCUGGAACCCAGCAUUCUCUGGGCUUGCAGGUAGAUGGUUCAGAAGUUGAAGACAAGAAAUGUCUAAUGUUUAAAUCUCUGCCCUUGGGGAAGAGAGCUAAGGCUGUGAAGGAGCCACUGUGGCUGGAUGGGGUCGUAGGGGAAUGGUGGCUCUGGUUUUGGUGAGAGGGAGCUGGGUGUGUGCAUGUGUGGAGUUGCUGAGCCGGGAGAUGUGGCCUAGGCAAGAAGAAAGCUUUAAAGUGGCACAGGACGAAGCCGGAAGGUGGAUGCCAGUGUGGUUAACGUUGGAGAGGAAGAUGGGAUGGAAGAGAAAGGAGCCUGCACACUUUUCCACAGCAGCUGCAACAUUUUGCCUUCCCACUAGUAGUGCAGCAGGUUCCACUUUCUUCUCCCAGGAGAACCUGCAGGCACAGGUUUCCCUGAUGGUUUGUUCAGCUCUCAGGAGAGUCGCCCACGCACACAUCUGCCUGGUGAGGAGGGCCAGUCAUGUCUGCAGAGGCCACCAGCAUCGGGCAUGGGGCUCGAGGCCAGCCGCGUCAGAUGUCGCCGCUCGUGGAGCUCCGGGCAGUGUUCUAGAGCUGCUGGGCAAAUCCUACCUCCAAGAUGACCACACCAACCUCACCCAGAAAGUCCUGUCCAAGGUUGGCAGGAACCUGCACAACCAGCGGCACCACCCGCUGUGGCUAAUCAAGGAGAGGGUGAAGGAGCACUUCUACAAGCAGUAUGUGGGCCGCUUUGGGACACCGCUGUUCUCUGUCUAUGACAACCUUUCUCCCGUGGUCACCACCUGGCAGAACUUUGACAGCCUGCUCAUCCCAGCUGACCACCCCAGCAGGAAGAAGGGGGACAACUAUUACCUGAACCGGACUCACAUGCUGAGAGCACACACGUCCGCGCACCAGUGGGACCUGCUGCACGCAGGGCUGGACGCUUUCCUGGUGGUGGGCGAUGUCUACCGGCGUGACCAGAUCGACUGCCAGCACUACCCAGUUUUUCACCAGCUGGAGGGGGUCCGGCUCUUCUCCAAGCACGAGUUAUUUGCUGGUGUGAAGGAUGGAGAAAGCUUGCAACUCUUUGAACACGGUUCUCGCUCUGCACAUAAGCAAGAGACACACAGCAUGGAGGCCAUGAAGCUUGUAGAGUUUGACCUGAAGCAAACACUUUCCAGACUGGUGGCUCAUCUUUUUGGAGAUGGGCUGGAGAUUCGCUGGGUGGACUGCCACUUCCCCUUCACUCACCCUUCCUUCGAGCUGGAGAUCAGCUUCCGUGGACAGUGGCUGGAGGUUCUGGGCUGUGGGGUGAUGGAACAGCGACUGGUCGAUUCAGCUGGAGCACAGGAUCGAAUUGGCUGGGCCUUUGGCCUAGGGUUAGAGAGACUGGCCAUGAUACUUUAUGACAUCCCGGACAUCCGCCUCUUCUGGAGUGAAGACGACCGCUUCCUGAAACAGUUCCGCCUGUCGGACAUUAAUCAGAAGGUGAAGUUUCAGCCUCUUAGCAAAUAUCCUGCGCUGACAAAUGACAUUUCCUUCUGGUUACCCACCGAGAACUACGCUGAGAACGAUUUCUAUGACUUGGUCCGCACCGUGGGAGGAGACCUGGUGGAGAAGGUUGAUCUCAUAGACAAGUUUGAACACCCAAAGACACACAGGACCAGCCACUGUUACCGCAUCACCUACCGCCACAUGGAGCGGACACUGUCCCAGAGGGAGGUCAGCCACAUCCACCAAGACAUCCAGGCAGCCGUGGUGCGGCAGCUGGGCGUGGAGGGCCGCUUUUGACGUCACCACACCAGGCUCCAGGGGCCGUGGAGAGAGGAAAAGGUGUGUUUGUAAGCUGGAGCAUCGGCCCUCGUCUGAUAAAUGGGGACUCAUAGAAAAUAAAGGGUCCGUGCUGAGAAA